AAAAAUAAAAAUUAAUUUCUAUUUAAAUAAAAUGUCAAAAUUCCUAAUUUUCUUAAUUGUAUUAACUACUUUAAUUAAUUUAAGUGAAUGUAAAGUAGAUCGUUGUCGUCAACCAAAAGCUGAGGGAAAUAAUUGUGGAGGUACUCGUUGGUGGUAUGUAGCUAAAGAGAAAGUUUGUAAGCGUUGUCGCCAACCAAAAGCUGAGGGAAAUAAUUGUGGAGGUACUCGUUGGUGGUAUGUUGCUAAAGAGAAAGCUUGUAAGUCAUUCCAAUACAAAGGAUGUGGGGGAAAUCAAAACAAUUUUAAUUCUAAAGCUAGUUGUCAGAAGUCUUGCAAAGGUCAUUAA